AUGCUGGCGCAGCGCGUUCUGGGAAGGGAGCUUCAUGCAGGCCCAAUCCACGCCCGCCCCUUUGUGGCCGAGUUUCGCUGCGAGGGCCGCUGCAGCGGCACGGUGAUGAACAAUCCGGGCCUGACGGGCACCCCCGCCUUUGCAGCCGAGUACAGCAAGGUCUACAACGACUGCAAGCUGCUGGCCAUCGCGGAUGAGGAGGGCUUUGUGUCGAUUGUGGACACAAGCGCGGAGCUGCCCACAGAGAUGGCGGACGACUGGGGCCCCAACAAGCCGCGCGCGCAGUGGCUGGCCCACCGCAACGCCGUCUUCGACAUUGCCUGGUGCAACGACGACAGUCAGAUGCUGACCGCCUCUGGAGACCAGACGAUCUCCCUGUGGGACACCGGCCACGCCGACCUGCUGGCCUCCUUCCGCGGGCACAGCGGCAGCGUCAAAACCGUGGCGCCAAGCCCCGCCGCCCCCUCCAUCUUUGCCUCUGGCGCGCGCGACGGAGCGCUGCUGGUGUGGGAUGCGCGCGUGGCGGCGCGCUCCGAUGCCAACACCGGCCAGCAGUUCCACUCCCCCGUCGUCACAAUCCAGGACGCACACGCGCUGAGCGAGAAGCAGAAGCGGCGGCGCACGCCGCUGCAGGGGCGCACGCGGCCCUCCGUCACCUCCCUUGCCUUCCUGCACGGCGACGGCAGCCAGCUGGCCACGGGAGGCGUGGACGGCAUCGUGAAGUUUUGGGACCUGCGCCAGGCAGGCGGCGGCGCCACGGGGGAGGCCGCCCCGGCCAUGCACCUGUCCCGCCUGUGCGACGCCAGCGUGCCGCACAUCAGCCAGAAGCAGCACGGCAUCACCUCGCUGGCGCUGCACCCGCAAGGCGCGCCUGCAGCCGGCAGCGGGGCCUGCGCCCGCCUGCUGGUGAGCCUGAUGGGGGGCCACCACCUGGUCUACGAUCCGCUGCGCCCCAGCAUCGGCCCCACGCGCUGGUUUGGAGGCCACACAGUCACCUCCUUCUAUGUCAAGGCGGCCUGGAGCCCUGACGGCACACACAUCAUCAGCGGCUCCACCGACAGAAGCGCAUACAUCUGGGAGGUGGAUGCGCCAGACGGCGCCAGCCCCUACGUGCUGCCUGGGCACCAGGGCGAGGUGACGGCGGUGGCGUGGUGCCCAACCGACUUCCAUCAGAUUGCCACCACCGCCGACGACGCCACCGUCAGGGUGUGGACCAUCCAGCGGCAGCAGCCCGAGGAGCAGGCAGAUGAUGGCAGCGCGCGCCUCGCCUGGGUCUACCCCUGGCAGCAACAGCGCCAGCUGCAGGCCGCCGCAGCAGCAGCGGCGGCCUACGACGAUGCCGCGCGUGCAGAGGCCGCCACGCCCGGCCCCUCCUCGCCGCCGCCCGCCAGCUCCGGCGCCGACGGCACGCCCUGGGCGCUGGGCUCCUCCGCAGCCGGCAGCGGCGGCGGCACCAGCCUGCUGAGGGCGGCGCGCAGCGAGGGCACCGUGAACCGGCGCAGCGCGCUGGGGGCGGCGCGGGCGGCGCGGGGCGGCGACGAGAACAGCCACGCCAACCUGCGCCCGCAGCAGGCGGCGCCGGCAGGCGCGGAUGCGCAGCGUCAGCAGCAGCAGCAGCAGCGGCGGCAAGCAGGCGCUGCGCCGCAGCCACAGCAGCAGCGGCAGCACGAGCUGCGAGCGCAGGGGUCGGUGCCAGGCAUGGCGGGUGCAGCGGGGCGGCUGCCUCCCAGCACGACGCCCUAUGCCGCCGCGGCGGCGCCGCUCGGCGCCCCAGCCAGCACCACCCCCGCCGGCAGGGCCACGGCGGGUGGCAGCGGUCGCCCGAUGCGGCGCCUGGGAGACCUGCUGCAGGCCGCCCCCAGCACGCGCCGCGCCAACAAGCAGACCUCCAUCACUUGCUUCCUCGGCUCCCCGGCCGGGACCCGCAAGCGCGGCAGCCGAGAGCCGCCCGCCGCCGCCUCCGCCGCUGCCGGCGAUCGCGUCUCGCCGCUGCCGCUGCCGCUGCCAGGGCUUGGCGGCUCCAAGCUGCCCCUGCCCAGCCCGCGAUCCAAGAGGAUGCGCGUGUCUUUCUGCUCCCCCAGCGCCGCCAACCCGGCGCCCUGA